AUGUCGGGUAACAACAUCGAUGUUUAUUUGGAGCUCUUGGUAGAUGAGUUGAAGCCACUUUGCGAUGGCGUUGAAACUUAUGAUGCUAAUAAGGGGACCAAUUUCAAGAUGCAUGCGGCGCUAAUGUGGACUAUUAGCAAUUUUCUAGGGUUGAGAAAUUUAUUUGGGUGGAACACGUACAGUGGAUUUGACGGACAAGUUGAAAGCAGAGAUCCACCGAAGAAGUAUUAUGGAACAGAUGUCUUAAGGCAGCAGUGUAACAUACAAGUAUCGUUAUUGAAGAACUCAACUUUAACAGCCAAAAGAAGACGCAUUGGUGAAGAUGCAGAUCAAGAUGACUCGUAUUGGAAAAAGAGGAGUGUGUUCUUUGAACUCCUAUACUGGAAGGAUCACAUUUUGCGUCAUAACCUUGACGUGAUGCAUAUAGAGAAAAACAUUUGUGACAAUAUGGUCUUCACUAUCUUAAACGAUAGCGUCAAAUCAAAAGAUAAUCUUAAAGCUCGCAAAGAUUUACAAAGCAUGGGCAUAAGGCCUAAAUUGUGGCCGGACGAAGGUGGUAAAUAUCCUUCAGCAAUCUUCACAAUGUCGAAUCCACAUAAGAAUAUGGAAAUAAUUUUUCUUCCAUCAUUCUUCACUGUCAUGGUUCACUUUACGGUGCAUCUCGUUGAUGAACUAAAACUUGGUGGCCUGGUACAUUAUCGGCAGAUGUAUCCAAUAGAAAAGUACUUAGGAAGAUUAAAGCAACACGUGCAUAACAGGGCACAAGCAGAAGGCUCAAUUGCGGAGGGCUAUUUAUUCGAGGAGAUUUUGACAUUCUGCUCCAGAUAUUUCGAUAAUAUUGAGACUAAAAUCAACCGACCAGCGCAAGUUGAUGAUCAACCUGUUGAUAUUACAAACAAUACAGGAAGUACUAUGUUCCCAGAAAUUGGAAAAGUUUCAGGGGCUGUUUCACAUUUUGUAUUGACCCCAAUGGAAAGAGAUCAGGCACAUCGUCAUGUGCUAGUCAAUUGCGAGGCCGUCGCUCCAUUUAUUGAUACAUUUAGGGUAGAAACCAAGCGAAAAUUAUGGGAUCAAACAAGGUCGCAAUCUAAGAUAGACCGUGUUGUGCAUGCAGAAUUUUCUCGCUGGUUCAAGCGUGAGGUAAGACGUUUUGGGGCGUACAACGUCAAUGAGUACAAGUUUAGAACUAUCACAAAGGAAGACGGGCUGAAAACACAAAAUAGUGGAGUUUAUGUCUCAUCCAAUACAAGAAGUUAUGCCAGCAUGCGUAACAAUAGAGUGACUGUUGGUAGUGUUCCAUAUUAUGGAAAAAUUGUGGACAUAAUCGAACUGAACUACAGUUGCCAUUUCACAGUGGUUUUGUUCAGAUGUAUUUGGGUUGAUACAACUACGAGCAGAGGAAUGAAACAAGACCAUCUAGGCCUUACCAGCGUUAAUUUCACUCGUCCAAUUCACACUGGUGAUCGAGAAGAGGAUGAACCGUACAUAUUGGCAUCAGAAUCUCAUCUCGUGUACUAUGUACGUGAUGAAGUAGAUCAAGAAUGGAGUGUAGUGGUUCAUGUAAAACCAUGA